AUGCCUUCUUCAUCCAACUCUUCGGGUACACAGCGCCCAAGCAAAUUUAAAGAGCACAUCAACGAUGAAACGCAAGAUAAAAUCGACGAGGCAACCUUUCUCCAGCAGAAGUAUCCGAAACAAUGGAAAAGGCUGGACUGGGAAGCUCGGGGGAAAGAUGAAAACGAAGAGUACUGCGAUGAGGAUGUUGAAGACGACGCCCAAAGUAUCCAUGUUAGUUGGCAUGAAAAUACCACAACGGGAUCUAGCAAAAAUGGAGGCAGAAAUGGGGAACGCCCUAAAUCUCCCAUAUUGAAGACUCGAAAAGUCAAAGUGGCGCAACGCCUUGCUGUUGCAAAAAAGAUGUUGUGUUUCGGCUCGGUCACUCCUGAGGAGGAAGAUUUUGGUGAGGAAUGA